AUAAAUUUGUAGGGAAAGUGAAAUUAAAAAUAGAUUAAAAAGAAAAAAGAAAAAGAGAGAUAAAGAAGGAAGAAGACAGUUAGGAUUGAGGAAUGUUUCUGUUUAUUUUCCUUCCUCUGCUUUCGGACCGUUUCUUACAAACAAAACUAUUUGGCCAAUUCUUCAUCCCGCAGAUCUCGCAGUCUCAGAUGAAGAACACAAGGUCAUUGUGUUGCCAACCAACAAAUUAACCCCAAAAAUGGCUCCCAUUUCAAAUGGUUUCAAUCCAUUUUCUCCUCUCUUUCCCCAUCCUCAGAUAAUCCAACAAACCCUUUUGAGUUGCUUGUUGGAUGUAGGGGUUCGAAUCCCCCCCACUUCCCUUUGUGCUGAGCAGCCCAUUUCCCGGUCAGCGUUGAUCUUGAUCGCCCUUUGUGUCGUUUCUCCGAUCGAUGCUGUCGGGAUUUGGUGGUUCAUGGGUUGCAUUAGCUCCAAGAACGUAGCUAAGGCGGAUGCAUCACCUCUUCAUAAACACCAUCAUUACCAUCAUAAGACCAAACCCACCACCGCUACAACCGCCACCGUUCCCAUCGAGAAUAAUGGCUCUGUUGUGACCCUGGAGCCUUCGUCCAAAGCUCAUUCCGUGACGACGCUUGAUCAUCAUGAAAUCAAGAAAGGGGAGGACAAAUCGGAGGAUCGAAGUCGAGAUAUUAAGAAAUCUAAAGGAGGAGGGAGGGGGGGUUCUUUCAGAUUAGGACUUUCUCAACGCUACAUUGAAGCUGAGCAGGUUGCCGCUGGGUGGCCGUCUUGGCUUAGUAGUGCUGCCGGUGAGGCCGUUCAUGGAUGGGUUCCUCUCCGAGCUGAUUCCUUCGAGAAGUUGGAGAAGAUUGGACAAGGUACAUACAGCAGUGUGUUUCGUGCUCGGGAAGUUGAUUCAGGAAGGAUGGUUGCGUUGAAAAAGGUUCGUUUCGACAAUUUUCAACCGGAGAGCAUUAGGUUUAUGGCAAGGGAAAUAAUGAUUUUACGGAGGCUUGAACAUCCAAACAUCAUGCAAUUAGAAGGAAUAAUUACUUCAAAAAUGUCUAGCAGCAUUUACCUUGUAUUUGAAUACAUGGAACAUGAUCUUGCAGGGCUAGUGUCUUGUCCUGAUGUCAUGUUCAGUGAGGCACAAGUUAAGUGUUAUAUGAGACAGCUUCUAUCUGCCAUUGAGCACUGCCACCUUCGGGGUAUAAUGCAUAGAGACAUUAAAGCAUCCAAUAUUUUGGUAAACAAUGAAGGAAUUCUCAAGUUAGCUGAUUUUGGAUUAGCAAAUGUCAUAAACACCAGAAACAAGCAAGCUUUAACAAGUCGUGUGGUUACAUUAUGGUAUCGCCCUCCCGAGCUUCUGAUGGGUUCAACAGAUUACGGAUUAACUGUGGACCUCUGGAGCAUAGGAUGUGUAUUUGCAGAAUUGCACCUGGGAAAACCUCUUCUUAAAGGAAGAACAGAGGUUGAACAAUUGCACAAAAUAUUCAAACUUUGUGGCUCCCCACCUGAAGAGUUCUGGAAAAAAACAAAGCUUCCUCAUGCAGCUAUGUUCAGACCCCAGCAUGCAUAUGAAAGUAGUCUUGAUGAAAAGUGCAAAGAAUUUGCACCAGUUGCAGUGAGGCUAUUAGAAUCUUUUCUUGCCAUAGAACCUUACAAGCGUGGAACAGCCUCAUCAGCUCUUAUGUCUGAGUAUUUCAAAACCAAGCCAUAUGCUUGUGAUCCAUCUACCUUGCCUAAGUAUCCACCAAACAAAGAGAUGGAUGCCAAAAAUCGUGAAGAUGCGCGAAGGAAGAACCGGGUUAACAAUGCAAGAGCAAAAGAGACAGGGGCAACACAAAGGCCUAGAAGAGUUAGAAGGAAUUUCCAAGAAUUCAACAGUCAUAAAGUGGCAAUCAAAGAGGAAUUAUCAGCAGAAGAUGUUCAAAACAUUAAUAAUCAACCUUCUCGACGGAAUGGCAGUAAUAACAACAAUACUACCAAUAAUCUUUCCAAGGAUCAACAAGGUGAUGUUUUCCAGAGAGAUCCUCAAAAGAAGCAGCAACAACUAUAUGAUACAACAUCAGAGACGUCCCAAGCUGCUGCAACCGCACCAAAUCAAGGAGGAGAUAGCGCAUUCACGGCCCCCAUGCUAGUCUCAGCGUCUAGUGGCUUUGCUUGGGUGAAGAGGCGAAAAGAGGAAGCUACAUCUACAAUAUCAGAUGGUCUUAAGAGCCAAAUAAGUGCUCUUGAUCCAUCUUUUGCAAAUUACACCAUGGAAUUAAACAAAAAACAGAAUGGACACACAAGCAUUCCAGUCAGUACUACUUCCUCGGGCACACAGGAAUACGAAUUACGAAAGCAGCAAAGAACAAAACACAAUCUCCCAGCAGAGUCUUUUCAUGCAUCCGAAGCAUACAGUCGACCAUUCUUGAAUAUGUCCAAUGAAGAAGAAGUAUACCCAAAACCACCAUCAUCCAACAUCACAACAAACCUCGACAACGAUGAUACAGAAUCAAACAUUGAUUUCUCAGGACAGCUGUUAACACAACCCCAUAGAAUAGAUGAACUCCUUCAAAGAAAUGAAAGUCACAUCCGACGAGUGGCUCGAAAAUCCAGAUUUGAGAAAGAUAAAUGAUUCGUGCAUUAUCGGGUGCAAUAGUCAGAUAUUUUUUUAGGGAAAUUAAUUUAAAUGACAAAAAAAGAAAAAAACCUUUUGAAAAUAUUUAAUAUAUCAAAAUAUCACGAU